GCAGGAGGCACGGGGGAUGAAGGAGUCCUCUCGGUGGAGAGACUCUGAGCUACGUUCAUGUGUCAGAGACUUAGAUCUGCCCAGGCAGAAGGGACUGCCUCAGUAUCCAAUAAACCCACCUGCCUCGCUCGGCAUGGGUAGAAGAUCCUAGAAUUAUAUAGAGGGAGGUGGAAGAGGCCGUACAUCUAAGCCAUCUCCCUUAUGUUACAGAAAGUGAGACUGGAGAGGUCAAGAGCUAGUACUGGAACCUCAGUCCUCUGAUUUGAAGCCCAGUCUGUCUGCAUCCACCUCCCCUGCUGCUGUCUCCCCAAGAAAAUGCUGAGGAAUCUGUUCCUGAGGCAGAGAACAUUACUCUCCUGCAGUUGGAGUAGAGCCUCUCUUUUGAAGAAGUACCUAUUCACAAUGAAAGUGGAAUCACCAGAAUUUCAGUCCCUUUUUACAGAAGGACUGAAGAACCUGACAGAGUUAUUCAGUAAAGAAAAACAUGAAUUAAGAAUAGCAGGAGGAGCGGUACGAGAUUUAUUAAAUGGAACAAAGCCACAAGAUGUGGAUUUUGCUACCACUGCUACCCCAGCUCAAAUGAAGGAAAUGUUCCAGGCUGCUGGGAUUCGUCUGAUCAAUAACAAAGGAGAAAAACAUGGAACCAUUACCGCCAGGCUUCAUGAAGAAAAUUUUGAGAUCACCACACUAAGGAUUGAUGUCCUUACAGAUGGAAGACAUGCAGAGGUGGAAUUCACAACUGACUGGCAGAAAGACGCAGAACGGAGAGAUCUCACCAUCAACUCUAUGUUUUUAGGUUUUGAUGGUACCCUAUAUGACUACUUUAAUGGCUAUGAAGAUUUGAAAAAUAAGAAAGUCAGAUUUGUUGGAGACCCUAAAGAGAGAAUUCAAGAGGAUUAUCUUCGAAUUUUGAGAUAUUUCAGGUUUUAUGGAAGAAUAGCAGAUAGACCUGGUAUCCAUGAUUCAAAGACUUUGGAAGCAAUUAAAGAAAAUGCAAAAGGUUUGGCCGGAAUUUCUGGAGAGAGGAUUUGGGUAGAACUGAAAAAAAUUCUUGUUGGUAACCAUGCAAAUCAUUUGGUUCAUCUUAUGUAUGAUCUUGGUGUGGCUCAUUACAUUGGUUUACCUGCUGCUGGGAGUUUAGAAGAAUUUAACAAAGUCAGUAAAAAUGUCGAAACUCUUUCUCCAAAGCCAAUGACUCUUUUGGCUUCAUUAUUCAAAGUACAGGAUGAUGUUAAAAACCUUGAUUUGAGAUUGAAGAUUGCAAAAGAAGAAAAAAAUCUUGGCUUGUUUUUAGUGAAAUAUAGGAAAGAUUUAAUUAAAGCUGCUGAUAGUUCAGAACCACUGAAGCCCUAUCAAGAUUUUGUUUUAGACUCUAGGGAACCUGAUACACUUACUCGAAUUUGUGAACUGCUCAAAUACCAAGGAGAGGUGGGUCUUCUUAAGGAAAUGCAACAGUGGACUAUCCCUCCCUUCCCAGUCAGCGGCCAUGAUGUAAGAAAAAUAGGUAUUUCUUCGGGAAAAGAAAUUGGGUUAAUAUUACAGCAGCUGCGAGAACAGUGGAAGAAGAGUGGCUACCAGAUGGACAAGGAGGAACUUCUAAGUUUCAUAAAGAAGGCCUGAACAUGGUUGGAGGACUCUACCUGGAUGGUCUUUCCAGCUUGGCAUCUCAAGAAACCUUUGACAUGAAAUGGAAACUUUGGGGCUAAGAAGCAACAACCUUGAUUUUAAAAAAGUCAUUAGAAGAGAACUCCCAUUUUUAGGACUUAUGAAAAAGUUGAAACUUUAUAUUUUAUGUUUCAUGCACAAAUCUCAAACCUACUUAAUGAGACUGUUGCAGUCAUUGAACAGAAGUGCCUGCCUUUUGUUUCACAUUUUAGUGGUAAAUACAAAUGUAUUAACAUUGA